GUCUGUGGCUGGUCUGAGGUGCGGUAGGUGUGUUCGGCUCUGGUGUGUGGUAGCUGUCGGAUUGCAAUGGCGGGGUGUGAUGAUUUGGAUCGGGCGGUUGUGCAGUGGCUGGAAUGGGACAAGAAUCCUCAGACAUUAGCGGAAGUCAGGCGGCUGAAUUGUGAUGGGGAUAUUGAUCAGCUACGAGAAUGUUUUGGGACAAGGAUGAUGUUUGGAACAGCGGGCCUGCGAUCAACCAUGGGACCAGGAUUUUCCCGCAUGAAUGAUCUUACAAUUAUUCAGACAACGCAGGGUUUGUGUAGGUACCUGGAAAAAUCGUUUUCAGAUAUAAAAGACCGAGGUGUGAUAAUUGGGUUUGAUGCACGUGCUCACCCUCCCAGUGGAAGCAGCAGCAAAAGGUUUGCACGAUUAGCUGCCACUGUCCUGGCCAGCCAAGGAAUUCGUGUAUAUCUGUUUUCUCAGAUUACACCAACCCCAUUGGUGCCAUUUACAGUAUCCCAACUGAAACUGUGUGCAGGAAUCAUGGUAACAGCAUCUCACAAUCCCAAACAAGACAAUGGUUACAAGGUUUACUGGUCUAAUGGAGCUCAGAUUAUCUCACCUCAUGAUAAAGAAAUUGCAAAAGCCAUUGAAGAAAAUUUGGAGCCAUGGCCAGAGUCAUGGAAUGACAAGCUUGUUGACAGCAGUUCCCUCAUUAAAGACCCUUAUGAAGAUAUGAAAAGUAAAUAUCUUGAAUGCCUGCAGAAGCAUUGCUUUCACAGGGAUGUAAACAAGGAAACUAAACUUAAAUUUGUCCACACUUCAGUACAUGGAGUCGGACACAAAUUUGUGCAAGCCGCUCUUGCGUCAUUCAACUUCACCAAUCUCCUUGCAGUUCCUGAGCAGAAAGAUCCUGAUCCAGAGUUUCCGACUGUCAAAUACCCAAAUCCAGAAGAAGGAAAAGAUGUACUGACUUUAUCUUUUGCCCUGGCUGACAGGGAAGGAGCCACAGUCAUUUUAGCGAAUGACCCAGAUGCUGAUCGGCUUGCUGUAGCUGAGAAACAAGAGAGAGGAGAAUGGAAAGUAUUUUCCGGAAAUGAGUUAGGUGCCUUGUUGGGUUGGUGGAUUUUUACUUGUUGGAAGAAGCAAAAUAAAGAAUCCAACUCUUUGAAGAAAAUCUAUAUGCUGUCCAGUACAGUCUCUUCAAAAAUCCUCCAGGCAAUUGCACUAAAGGAAGGAUUUCAUUUUGAGGAAACCUUAACAGGCUUUAAAUGGAUGGGAAACAAAGCUAAAGAACUUAUAGAUAUGGGCAAUACAGUACUUUUUGCCUUUGAAGAAGCAAUUGGAUAUAUGUCAACUGAGUUUGUCCUGGAUAAAGAUGGUGUUAGUGCUGCAGCUAUUGUUGCAGAAAUGGCUAGCUAUUUGGCAGCCAAGAAUACCACUCUGACCCAGCAGCUCAAAGCAAUUUAUGAAGAAUAUGGUUAUCAUCUUUCUAAGGCUUCAUACUUUAUCUGCCAUAAGCCUGAGAUAAUCAAUCAAUUAUUCCAGAAUUUGCGAAAUUAUGAUGAAACAAAUCAAUACCCCAAGACCUGUGGUUCAUUUGAAAUAUCUGACAUCCGAGAUUUAACCACCGGCUACGAUAGUAGUCAAUCAGACAAAAAGGCUGUGCUUCCUACUAGUAAAAGCAGCCAGAUGAUCACUUUCACGUUCAAGAAUGGAUGUGUAGCCACAAUGAGAACUAGUGGGACAGAGCCAAAAAUUAAAUAUUAUGCAGAGUUGUGUGCACCACCUGGAAAUAGUGACUUUGAGAAGCUGAAGGAGGAGCUCAAUGACUUGGUGAAUGCACUGGUAGAGCAUUUCUUCCAGCCAGAUAAAAAUGGCCUAACAUCUCAACCCUCCUGAAAUGAAGAAUUCUGCCAUUUCAGACAGUCAGCGCACUAUUAACUAUUUUGAAUUGUGUCCAUAAUACUGAAGUGCAUCUUUUAACUUGAGAGAAAUAUGCUUUGUUGCUAAAGUCUUGGAGCGAGAAAAUAACUCUUCAAUGAAAGAAGCUGGUGGGCAUUCUCUUCUAUGAUAGUGAUUUGCAAUUAUUAGAGAAUAUUGUAUACAUUUUUCUUAAACAUAAAAGACAAGAAAGUCUUCAAGAUAAAUUCCAGUGCUUACCUUGAAGAUGAAAUAAUGUGCUUCUCAUGGUUCUCAAAAAUUCCAACGAAUUUUGUUUCAGUUGAUGUGUCAAGAGUGAAGACUUUGAAUGUUUUCCUUUUUUUUGAUGAAACCUGCCUUUUGACAUUGACAGCCACUGAGCAGCCCAGCUCCUUGAAGAUAGUCAUUGUAGGUAGGAGUUUAGGGUACGGAGAAAGACAUUCCUACAAGCAUCUGUUGUAUUUCAGAUGUGCGCAGCUUCAGAUUUGCUCUCUCGUGGUCCUGUUCAUAAUUGAUAGCACUGCAGAACCUAAAAAAGGAGGGACACAAUACUGGUUUUCUCUCGGUUAGGGAGAUAAUUAUGUCUUUUGAUGAAUAAGAAAUAUGUUGCUAAAUCCCUUUCAGUUGGACUUGAGAGUUUUUUCAACAGAGAGAACUUUACCUUUAACAAUGCUUAUUAACUUGCUGUAGGAGGGCUUCUUUGUAAGAUGUGUGACUGCGGCUUUAUUUGUUAGAAUAAAACAUUAUAUGCAAGCUUUGUUUCUACAUACAUUUUACCUUUGGUAAUUCCUGGAUAACUUCAUAGUUGAAUUUCACAUGUCUGUGUUAAAAGCUUUUUGAAAAUUGUGUGCUUUUGAAUUCUGAGUUUAAUUUUGCAUGGAGGAGACAUAUAUAUUCUGCUGUAUUUUUAAUUCAAUUAAAAAGAUGAUUUUGCACAAAAUCACUAUCACAUGCAUUAGUUCAAGAUAUCCCAUGAUUUUAGUUUACAUUCCACUGCUAAUCAAUGCUUUUUAUUCUAACUGUAGCUUGUUUAAUUGUUUGAAAAAAUCUUUUUAGAUUAGCAACUCAUGCAACCAUCUGUUACAAACAGGUGGUUUAAUAAAAUUGUCACAAAAUUAGUGACUAAAAUUUUGUCACAGUUGUAAGAAGUCAUGAUAAGAUGUUGCCAUUGAAUUUCAAAUAAUAUAACUGCAGGUAUUUCUGCUAUAACGUGUGCUUUGUUAACAUGAAUUGGCUGUAAUGCAAUUGAUUAAUAGUGCACACUGUUUAAAUAAUGCAAGCUUUCUACUGUACAAUCUAGUGAUUUGCCUAUAACGUGAUUUUCUAUAGCACGGGAUCGCACAAGAAUGCAACUGUCAUGUUAUAGGAGAAAUACCUGUAAAUAGAAAUGCAUUCCAUUCAGAAAUGUGAGCUUUGUGGGAAUUCUACAAAACAGCUUGAACAUUAAUAGAUACAGAAAUUAUUGUGAGCUAGGUAUCUAAUUUUCUGGUGAAUAUUAAACCUAGAAAUGUGCCUGUAAUUCAUUUAGUCAAUCUGUGCCCCACAUGAGUAAUCAGAAUAUAAUUAACAUAGUUUCAGAAAUGAGAUUUAAAUUACUUUAAUCCAUUUAAGGCUGGAUUUAUGAUGCUUGUGGCAAAAAUUUGCAUGUUCACACAAUCUGGCUGACCAGGAAACUGUCUUGAUCUUACUACUGAUCAUCAAGUCCUUCCAUGGUUCAACCUGGACAGGUAGGGGUGGCACCACUGUGCCAGUACAGCUCCCUGCAUUGAUCAUUAUAAUUAAGCAUUUCCUGAAAAGCGUGACACUCCGAUAUUAUAACACUGGUUUUCCUUUAAUCUUAAAAAUCUAUAAUGUUUGACCAUUGUUAAAUUUAUUUACACUGUAGAAAUAAUGCAUUCAGUAUAUAGAGUUGAAUUUUUUGUUUCAUGA